AUGGCUUUCGACCGCUAUUGCGCGUUAUGUAAACCCAGCUGGCGGCGAUUUCGGUCAUUUUAUCUAGCAAUAACUUUAAGUAUGCUAGCCUGGACUUUGUCUGCUGUAGCUGCAUCUCCAGUAUUUCUGAACGUAGAUAUUAGAAUGAAUAUUCUUAUCAAUAACUCCUACGGUAACACUACGCGAGAUGAGUGUAAAACAAAUUUUCUUCAAGGUCGAGCAUUUGCUGGGCGAUAUGUUUUUGGUACAACUAUUGUGAUAUUCUUCUUGCCGUUAUCGAUGAUAAUUUAUUUUUAUUAUCAUAUACUAAUCAAGAUGCAACAAGCUUUGCAAACAAAUCGAAGAAUGUCAAGAAGCGCCAGUUCAAGAGCGCCAUAUCAACGGGUUACCUAUUUCGUUCUAACCGUUAUAUUUGCUCACGUUUUUGCCUGGACUCCGUUUUGGGUAUAUACGUUAUGUGCAUCGCUUGGACGUAUACGAAGAUCUGAUGCAGUUCGUCUGCUGUUAAACGUCAUGCAUCUUUUGCCAUAUAUUAACUGUGCAGCUAAUCCAUUCAUAUAUUUAGCAAAUUUUCGUAAAGCAUUUCAAGCAGCACUUCAAAUUGCUUGUCUAUGCCAAACAUCUCGACACAGCAGUCAUAGAAAACUUGCUAAACACUGUAGCAAGUGUGAACUGACAAUAGCACAGUCCCGUUGGGAUAAUGGUGUCACAGGUCACGUUACACAGUCUGAACUGUGCGGAAGAGGUACAGAUGUACAGGAAAGCCAGGUAGACAGCAAACCAAAUGAAAAAACAGUUUCUACCUGUUUAACGACUGCUAAGGACACCACUCUUGAUGAUCUCUCUUCUGAUGUCAAGUGCUUAUCAGCUUCCGAGUGA